UUUAAUUUACUCUAAAAAAGUAAAUUUAGUUGUUUUAAAAAUAACUAAACCUCAUCACACUUAAUUUAACCCCAAAACCAGUGUACAUAAAAUCAUUCUAUAACAAUUCCUAGUCGAUAUGACCAGUUUUACUGAAAGUGCUUUAGUGAAAAAAUUAAUCGAAUUAAAUGCAAGUCAACAAAGCAUCCAAACUUUAUCAUUCUGGUUAAUACAUCACCGAAAACAUCAUGCAAUUAUUGUCAAAACAUGGUACAAAGAACUACAAAAAGCAAAUGAGCAAAAGAAGUUGACUUUUAUGUACUUGGCUAAUGAUGUUAUACAAAAUAGCAAGAAAAAGGGACCCGAGUAUGGGAAAGAGUUUGGGUCUGUUCUUGCGGGUGCUUUCGAACAUAUUUCAGCUAGUGAUGAUGAUAAAAUUAAGAGUAGUAUCGGCAGGUUGUUGAAUAUAUGGGAAGAACGAGGCGUUUAUGAUGCUACACAGAUAAGGGAGUUUAGAGAUGCUUUAGAUGGAAAAAUUACUCAAAAAAAGCCAAAAAAACGAAAAAUUGACUCACCAGAUCCCAAACAAUCAAAAAACGAAAGGCGCAGUAAAAGUCCUGGAAUAAAAUCUGAAACCACAAUCGAAGUCGAUGGAUUGAAAGAAACACACUUAACUUUAAGCCCUAGGACUCCUGCAGGUGAUCCUCCAGAACCAGAAGAAUUAAUUAAAGCGAUUCAAGAUUUAGAAAAUAGUGCUUCCGGUGAUGCAGCGGUUAGGCAGAGGAUUGCAAAUUUGCCCCCAGAGGUCUCGGAUAUAUCUCUAUUGAGCAAACUGGAAGAUAAAGAGCAAGCCCAAAAAUUAAGUUUACAAGUAAACGAGGCUGUGACGAUUUUAGCAGAUUAUAACAAAAGACUGGCCGAUGAGAUGGAGGAUAGAAAAAAAUUAGCAAAUAUGCUUCGGGAUUUUAUGCAAGCCCAGAGAGAGCUCAUGACACAAGCCGAACAAAGACUCGAGGAAUAUAACAACAAACUACAAAAAAUAUACGAAGUCCGACAAGAGGUAAAGUCCCACGUGAGGAAUCUUCCUGAUCUAAGCCGUCUGCCUGAUGUCACGGGAGGCCUAGCACCCUUACCUUCAGCAGGUGACUUAUUUAAUCGUUGAAAAAAUUAUAUAAAUUAAUUUUAU